AAAAUAAAAUAAAAUAAAAACGCAGAAAAAAAACAGCACUAAACAGUACCUUUCCUUGUUGCUGAGUUGGUAUUCUCAAGUGUACAACUUUUGUACCUGUAGUAUGUCUUUUACCUUGAAAUGUGCACUUUAAAAGCUUUAAAAGGUUUAAUUAGGCUCCUUUGAAAGGUUUUUUAAAAUUAUUUUUAUAUCCACUAAGUCGACAUUUCCAGGUGGAAGAGGUGCAUAUUAAAAGUGCAAAAGAUGAGAGCACCACUCCAAACAGUGACAAGGAAAGGUACAUUUGAAAGUGUCCAGCCGUUGAUCUCAGCACAGAAAAAAACGCGUAAUUGGUUUCUCCGCGCGCUCCCGUCUCGCGCAUAGAAGCUGAGAGGCGGAGAACGGGCUCGCGCAUGGAGCUGGGAGCUGUCCCAGGAAAACAUGGUGCUGAAACCUGCAGCGCGAGCGCGAGCUAACCGGCUUAAACACCGCACGUGCUAAACACGCUAUACAAAUCUCGUCCGAUUGGAUUGUGCGAAUCGUGAAGUGGAGGGUGAAGUGGAGGGUGAAGUGGAGGGUGAAGUGGAGGGUGAAGGCGCUAACCACAUCGCGCGGAUUCCGGGGCGCAUAUACAGAUACACGACGACAGUGAGGAUCGGAAGGUAACGGUGGUUCCCCCCUCCACCACCUCCACCAUCCCCAUCCCCACCCCCACCAAAACCCCUCUCCAUCUUUCUUUGAUGACGGUGGACUCAUCUCUCACGCGCUAAAGCGCUGGCUUGAUUGAUUGAUAUCUGAUAUGCUCUGGACUGCGCGAGCCCGCGCUCCGGAUCGCCUAGCGCUCCCGAGUCCCUGCACGAACCGACAGGCGUUUGAGGGAAGACCUUUACGGAUAUUAGGACCUACACGUGUCAUGGCACGAGAGAGGCAAAAAUUGUCAAAUGGGUGUGGAGGAUCAGGUCAACAGCCCGGGAUUCCGUUCCUGUUACCUGCGUGACACCGAACCGGACCGCUGCCUGAGUCAGCUCGUGCACAUCAUUCUCUUCGCUCGUGCUGCCGCUUUAAGUCUGACCAGGAAUCUGAUCGCCAUGUGUGUGGCUUAUUAUAAUUUUGCUGUUUUUUUUUUUUGAAGGACAUCAUUUUAAAAGAACACAGCAGCUGGCUGUUAUAUAGGGCCCAGCUAAUCCAUGUUCUAGUUCUAGGUUUUAUUAGAGUUAUAAAUGUCGCGUGCAAAUACAUUGGUCUUUUGUGAGCUCGCAGCCUGUAUCAGUGUGUAAUUAUUAAGGCAGGGAGUCGAACCAAAAAGAGUCGACACUCUUUUUGGAGUCGAUUCCAUACGACAAAAAUGGAAAAACAGGCGAAAAAAUAAAGAAGGUAAUUUAGCUAUCAGUUAUGUUACGAUCCAAAGUGUCAUUUAUUCAUUAUGAAUGUUCAAAUGAGGGCAUGUCAAGUCAGUAAAUGUCAAGAUGUAUUGUUCAAACCGUCACAGAAUAAUAAUACUGCAUUUUAUAAGCAUUCUUGAUUAAUAUUUCAUUUUAAAAAACAAAGACAUAAAAAAUCCCCAAGAUCUCAUGCCCUGUCGCGUGGUUUGGUUGUGUUUUAAUUGAGAAAAUUGCUGUAUUGUGUGGAAUCGAUUCCUGGAAUCGAUUCCUUUGAUUAGCGACAGCUAGAAUGAAAAUCGGAGUCGACUCCGGAAUCGAACAGCCCUGGAGCGCGCGACACGUCAGUGGUGGACCGUUAUGUGUGUAGAAUGUGUAGUCCGGUUCGAACAGAAACAUUCUCAUGAAAAGCCGUUACAUACACUACGUGUUUGCGUUUAACCUCUCUAGCUAACCGUCGGAGUGCGAACAGUGUUCCGGUUAACCGAUUCGCGUCCGUUAUUGUGACUUAGCCGGGAUAGUUUGCUACGCUAAACGGUAAGGUGUUUUCUCUCUGCACCUCGUCCAUCGUUAACGCGAGUAAAAACGGGCACAUGUGGUGCGCUGUCGGUGUCGGUGUUGGAUGUUGCAGGAGUUCGCUGAGCCGUUUACCGAUGCUGCGGCGCGAGGGAAAGCAGAGAGGCCGCCGCUGUCGCGUCUUGUUCAGUGACCUGAAGGCUUUACUACUCAGGCCACCACCGCCACCGGCUCCGUCGGCCAUGAACGGAGCGCCGAGCUCCCACGCCGCUUCUCCGGCGGAAAGGACGCGUGACGAGGACGACGCCGCCGCCGCUGUUGCUGAGUGGGUUGGAGACGCGGAGCGGGGCGCCACGGAGAGUCCGGACGGCGGCAGCUCGAGCGAGGACUGCACCAAAGAGAAACUCGACGAGAGAGCGAGUCUGGAGAGCUGCACUGAGAGCGGAGCGCGCACACCGCUGUGCCGGAUCUGUUUCCAGGGCGCAGAUCAGGGUGAGCUGUUGAGUCCUUGCCGCUGUAGUGGCUCAGUGCGGUGCACUCAUGAACCGUGCCUGAUAAAGUGGAUCAGUGAGAGAGGCUCGUGGAGCUGUGAGCUGUGCUACUACAAGUACCAAGUCAUCGCCAUCAGCACCAAGAACCCGCUACAGUGGCAGGCGAUCUCUCUGACGGUGAUCGAGAAGGUGCAGAUUGCAGCGGCGGUGCUCGGGUCGCUCUUCCUUAUCGCCAGCAUCUCAUGGCUCGUGUGGUCUUCGCUCAGUCCCUCAGCGAAGUGGCAGCGCCAGGACCUGCUCUUCCAGAUCUGCUACGCCAUGUACGGCUUCAUGGACCUGGUGUGCAUUGCUCUGAUCGUGCACGAGGGGCCGUCCGUGUUUCGUAUCUUCCACCGCUGGCAGGCUGUGAAUCAGCAGUGGAAGGUGCUCAAUUAUGACAAGCUGAAGGACUCGGAGGACCCUCAGAAGGGCAGCAGCACCCUACGCUCCCUAACACUCCCCCUGAGCAAUCGGGGAGGGGUGGCCCUGCCCACUUCCCCUUCACCUUCUAGCUCUGCCCUCACGACAGCUGCCACGGUGACCAUCACCCCUGGCACAACUGUGCCAGCGGUUGCCAUGGCGCCUGAGGACUCCUCGGAGGUGGAGCGCCACCGUGCGUACAGCCUGCUGCAGCUGCUCAGCCUCAAUCUCCGAAACCAGGAGCCCAGAAAUGCUACAACGCAACCCAGAAACGACAACCGCGAGCUGGUCAUGAGAGUCACCACCGUCUGAGACUGCGAGUGAAGACGAACUGGAGAUUUACGACAACUCGGGGAAGGGAAGAAUGACGGUUGGACCCAGUGGCAGAGAAGUUUGCUAGCAAAUGAGCUCAAGGUCCUUCUGGUACACUUUGGUAUUUAUGGAAGUAAUAAAUUCUUGCAAGUAAGACAGAGAGUAUUGUUGGAGGAUUUUAGGAGCUGUCGAGCACACCUUCAAGGCUGUGCGAGGCGGUGUGUUUUGGAGUCAAACAACAAAGCUAAAAGGUCAAGUUCAGAGCAAAGAGUUCUGUUUUGAGUUUUUAAAGCGAGUGGCUCAUUAGGGCUGAUAUUAGAACAUGGCCACAUAAGUGGUGAGUAUUUUCAAGCACAAGAUCCAACAAUGCAAAGCAGCUCUAAAAUGCAACACACACACACACACACACACAAGCCUAAAAUGAAAUUUUUUGUGAGGGGAAAAAGAUGUAGUUUUCCACUAAUCCCAAAUGUAGUCCAUCAGCCAGGACAUGUCUGGUGUCCAAUUAGCGUUGCACAUACGCCACAAGGUUAAUUUAGCCAACAAGUAAUGGAAGUCUAUGUAACCUAAAACCUUUUCUGUAAAUAUCUGCCCCACAUCGAGGUUUUCAGUGAUGUCAUCCAGAUUCACUGAUGUGGUUUAGGACACAGUGAGACUUACUUAACAAAACUAAUGUUAUGGGCAGCCAUCUUGGAUCACCACACACACACACACACACACACACACACACACACACACCAUUCUGCCUCCUAGGCCCCGCCUCCCAAUGUUUGACCGCAUAAUUGCAACAGAAUGCUGGCUCUAUUCAGAUAAUACAGUUCCAUUUUGAACUUACGCUGGGAGAUACAGCCAAUUUGUUUUAAAAAUGAGAAAAUACUGAUUUGUGCUUGAAUUUAUGGAAACGUAAUUCUUUGAUAACUACAUUAGCCUUGUAGCUUCUGUGUAAAAGUAAAGAAGCAAACGGUGCCAGUCACGGCUCAUUGACUUGAUUUAGGGGAAGUGGAAAAUGGCAAAAAUGAUAAAUUAAUAAAUAAAUAAAAAAAAGAAAAAAGGUUUUUCUGCCCAACUACACCUUUAAGUUUACAUUUAAACACAACUGGCUGUUUGGAGAAGGGUCAGUAAUGCUGUUAAUGGACUCUCAAUUCGAAAAGAGCCCGGUUUCCACGGAGACGACCCGCAGCCACACAAACUACCCAACUAACGUGGCCUGAGUCAAGCGCUCCUGUUUGACGGACUCAUUUUGUUUACGUUUGUUAAAAUGUCAGAAAAGAAAAUACACUGCUACAUUAAAAGAUGAAGAAUGAGUGCAAUAUAAAAAAGUGUUUUUUUGUCAUUUCUCUUUGGGGUUUGGGAGGUAGGGAGGAAG